AUAACUGUUGCGCUUGACUCACGUCAGAGAAAGCUACUCUGAAGCGGAUACACAAAGGGAGAGAAAGGACCUGCAGCGAUGGGAAUCAAACUGUACUACACCACUGUUACUGCCUCACGGACGGUGAAGUCUCAGCAGGCAGAGGUGAUGCGGAUCCUGGAGAGUAAAAGCAUUCAGUACGAGCUCAUCGACAUCUCUGUGGGGGGGGAGCUCCGCGACGAGAUGAGAAGCAAAGCAGGAAACCCCUCCGCCGUCCCCCCCCAGCUCUUCAACGAAGACCAGUACUGUGGGGUGAGGACG